AUGUCGCGCGACACCAGGACCAACGACACAAAGUCGCAGGAGAGCAACCAGCCCAUCGACACAAAGUCGCAGGAGAGCAACCAGCCCAUCGACGAGGAGUUGGCCGACUCGAGACGAACUAGCAUGUCGUCUCUGCCCGCCACCUUCCAAAAGAUUCUUCGCUAUGGAAGGGUGGAAGCUCGCGGCAUCGAGCCCAUCCCCAUCGAGGAGCGCACGUCGACCCGGUACUACAACAUUGCCACCAUCUGGACCUCGGUCAACACAAACAUUAUCGGCAUCACCUUUGGCAUGCUCGGACCCUUGGCCUACAGUCUCAGUCUCCGGGACUCGGCGCUCGUCAUUCUCUUCUUCAACAUCCUGUCCUGCAUCAUCCCCGGAUACCUGUCCACUUUGGGUCCGAAAACGGGCCUCCGACAGAUGAUUCAAGCGCGGUAUUCCUUUGGCCGCUAUUUCGUCUCGAUACCGGUCCUUCUCAAUCUGGCGACCAUGGCUGGCUUCACAGUCAUCAUCUUCAUCACAGGUGGACAGUGCUUGGCCGCUGUAUCCAAUGGAACGAUAUCCCCAAACGCUGGUAUUGUCAUCAUCGGCAUCAUAUCAUUGGUUGUAUCCUUCUGUGGCUUCAAAGUCUUGCACAUCUACGAGACGUAUGCUUUCGUCGUUGCAUUCAUCGCAAUCACCAUCACCGCUGGAUGUGGUGGAGCUGGUCUCGCGAAACAAAGUCCCCCGCCCACGCCGGCGACUGCUACCGGUGUGCUCAGCUUUGGCAUGAUCGUGGCUAGCUAUCAGAUCCCUUACGCAGGGUUGGUGAGCGACAUGUCAGCCUACUUCAACCCCAAAGUUUCAACAUGGCGAGUGUUCUGGUAUACCUACCUGGGUCUUACGACGCCUACGAUUCUCCUCAUGACACUCGGUGCAGCCAUUGCUGGGGCCAUCCCCAACAACCCAGCUUGGCAAGAGCAAUACGACAAGUACCUCGUCGGUGGCGCUCUGUCCGGCAUGCUUGCCCCUGCUGGCGGCUUUGGCAAAUUUGUUCUCGUCAUUCUUGCGCUCACCCUUCUCGGCAACACGUGUGGAACCUUUUACAGCAUCACGCUCAACUUCCAGACUCUGCUUCCGUGGCUCUUCCACAUACCGCGUUAUGUCUUUGCCCUGCUCAUCACCAUCAUCAUCGUGGUGGUCUCCAUCUUCGCCGUCGACAACUUCUUUGUAAGCAUAGAGAAUGUUGUUGCGCUCAUUGGCUACUGGUCUUCGCAGUUUUGCGCCAUUGUCAUUGUCGAAGACAUUGUCUUCCGCCGCCGCAAACCGGAGGCCUACGACCAUGCCGCCUGGUGUGACGCGAAGCGGCUGCCACUUGGAAUCGCGGCCAUGAGCGCGGGGCUGUUGGCCUGGGGUCUGAUUGUGCCAGCCAUGAAUCAGGUGUAUUUCACAGGGCCGAUUGCCAAACACACUGGUGAUAUUGGAUUUGAGCUUGCCUUUGUCUGCAGUGGUCUGUUGUACCUCCCUCUGCGAUAUGCCGAAAAGCGACUGUCUGGUAGAUGA